CAACGGUGCCGUAGCAUAGUACCCGUACCGUACGGCACCCUGCAAUUGCAACCAAAAGAAUCCGGUUCCAAUUCGAAGACCACCCCAUCGUCUCGUACUAUUUACAAUACAAUACAGUACAGCAGCGCAUGCAGGUAGGUGAUUGCGGCGUUGCCCCGAGAUCGAUUGCAUUGAACCGGUUUGGGBAAAGGACUCUAGGAACGGCAACAACCGUACAGCGACCAGUCACAGGCGAAACAGGCCCACCGACGGACUCCCCAACGGACCACGUACAACAUACGACUGUCAUUCUUCUCUUUUGGCAACUACGACAGAAACACGGAUCGGCGCGAUAGAAACCAAUUAGCAGCAACAGCAGCAGCAACAGCAGAAAGGCCAAGCUCAAAAUGCUGGGGCUCAAGAAAUUCGUCAAGAACCGAAAAGCGCUGGCCGAUGCAUCGAAUCCGAACCGGAACAACCUGACCGCCAUCGAUACGUCCUGUACGUCCGGUUUCAACAGCAGGGCCCACGAAUUCCAGCAAAAGUUUUCGAUAAAGAAACACAUAAAGCCCGCUUCCAAGACCAAGAAAAGCCGAGGCUCCCAGAAAGAAGCACGGAAGAAAGAGCAACCGGACCAACCGGAACAACCGCAGGGGCUCGUGGAAAUCUCGGAGGAAUACGACAUUCAAUCGGCCAUCAGUGGUCUGACCCGAAACUCGCAGUUCUGGGAUCAGGGAGACCAGGAAGAUCCUCCUCCGUGUCGGAUCACCCGCAAGGAGGACCUUCUCGCCGGAGGCCGGGAGGAUGCGAACGACGACAAAUCGGACACCGAGUGGCCCGACGACGAGACGUCCUGGAACCACAAGGUUCAGGUCACCACCUACAGCAACAACAACAUCCACAGCAACAACAUCAUCCACAACARCAUCCGCAGCAGCAACAUCCUCCACAAAAACAGCGGCAACAAAAACGACAAGAGCAACAAGGAUCCGAUGCCCGAACCUUCSGGGAUSCGUAUCGAAACUCUUUCGGACCAAAUCAAGUCUGCUGGCAAUACUUCRAAACUGAGCAAGAAUUGCMAAACGCAGAACACAAACCAUGGAAUCGAGGUUGUUUUGUCACCAUCCGCGGAGCCCGACGGCAUCAAGUUGGACGGCGCACGGGUCAAGGCUCCCGUCGAGCCGUCCGGAACAAGGGCCGAAGCAAUUCGUUCUUCCAACGGCAACAAUCCAAAGCCGAGUGGAAGAUCCUCCGGCAGAGCCACUACCAGAUCCGACGACAGCAACAAUCCAAAUCGGAUUGUCACGGAUGUUMUGAACGUUGAAGUUGUGUACAACAAAGAUCCAGAAGACACGGCUUCUUCCAUUUCCGAGCGGUUUUCCGAAACUAACAAUKCUCCUCGAAGACGAAGCAAGAGCACGUCUGUUGCUAGACAGUCUCGAGACCGCAAGAGCCCAAGGAAGCACACCAACGCCGCCGUCGGRUGGGACGAUGAUACUACGACGGAUAGCGGCUCUUGCCCAGAAGACGAAAAGAGAAGAUCACAAUCCAUGCCUCGCACUCUCAAACGAUUCACUCCGCAUUAUUUGAAGAGCGAAAAGGCCGACUGCAACGAAGAACCAUCGUCGCGGUUGAACAAUAAACUCAGCGGGGGAUCGAAAUCGAAAUCCAAAGCCCAGGAACCACCAUAUUUGUGUCCUCCCUUGUACAUCGAAAAUACUGGAGAGGAAAUCACGUCGACGCUGGGAAGCCAACUCGACGGAUGCGAGUCUCAACAGAAACAAAACCCUUCCACGCAAAACGAAGACGCAAAAAAAGCCCUGUCAAAACCUCGGACUUCCAAGCAGAACGCCGAUUCUCUGUGUCCAGCCAUGUCUGAGCCCAGGGUCUGCGUCGAAUUUUCGAAUCGACACUCCGGAGAAUACUUUCCAAAGAAUGCCCAAGCAGAAAAUUUGAGUCGCAACGAAGCGUGCAACUACAAAAGCACCAAUGACGAAAAUAACCGUUAUGGCUUGGCUGCAAAGCAGUUUUCCGACACAAAACGCAAACCAGAAGCGGCCAACAAAGCGUCCACCAUUCCUUUGCGAAACAAAACCAAUACUAUAGGUACCGAGCUACCGAASAAWGGAAAAAGCAAGAGCAUUGGGAAUGUACGGAUCCGCCGCGCCAUCACGAAAGAAGCUUCGAGAAACUUACUUCUGACCCCACAAGAAGUCGAAGACGACGACAGCGAAGAUCUUCUCCCAAAAUCGAGACCACUGCAACCGAGUUUGGAUCCUCUCGUAGCUGCAUCGACGACGCGAAUGCGACCACAGAAACGCAACUCAGUUCCCGUGACACCGUCUCCGAAAUUUCAAUCGCAUCGGGACGAACGCACGGGUCCUCYCGAGGGCCAUGUUGUUACACCUGUCGAAUCAUYCUCGGAACCAUCUCCUCAGACAUCGACGACUCCGGYUGGUCGCAAGGACCUCAUCCAGGCAUACCUUAGUUUUCGAGGAAAGAACAACGCGAAGGUAGACGAGACAUCGCCAUYCACAACCACGACGGCGAGUAGCCUGACUCCUUCGACGCUCGAUAGUCUGAAGAUGGAAAGAGCAAGAUCGGCUGGCUCAUCGUACAGCACUCCUUCCUCUCGCAUUCGGAACAAAUUGUCGACCUCGUCGAGCGCCUCGUCACGAAACUCGCUUUCGAAGGUUCACAACAAGGGAUCCAAUUAUGCMCGCCCGUAUUCGUUCCAAAAGAACGAAAAGAGAGGACAAGCAGCCGGGUACGAUGAUGCCUCGAGAUACUACCAACACUAUGUUGAGGCGGCCUCGACACGGGCGCUAUCGUCUCUUGUCGUGGAAAAGCAAAGCCGUGAUCUCGGUCUCGAUAUUGGGCCGGCAAGAUCCCKCACACAAAUCGCAGACAACAAAAGGAGGAAUACCCUGUCCAAGAAGUUGAUGUCGACUCCCCGGAAACGGAUCGAUAUGGACGGAUCCACAACCUCYGUCGACCAGUGCAGGGACGAUUUGGCGCAGAUGGAUUGGCGUUCCGUGUGCGCCGAUUUUGGAACAGAUUUGCGACAAUCGAACCCAUCUUAUUCGUAUUGUACAGACGAUGAUUCCUCGACGGAAUCACUGCCACUUAUCACCGGGAGGCCGUUGCUSACCUACGAAGACGAGCUUCUUCCCCACAACCAAUUCAUGAAAAUGCAACUGGGGAUUGGCAAUUGAUGGCGAGCGAGCAAAGACGAAGUAGUUUGCACUCGAAACGAAAAGGGAAUAAUGAAUCAUAGCACCGUACCCAGUGAAUGAAAUGCGGGAAGGAACCAAGGGGAAAGGGGCUGGGGAUCGGCUUGCUGGCAAACAGUGCAUGGGACUAAUUUUGAUUCAUAAUCAUAAUAAUAAUGUUAUUAUAAAUGC